AUUGCUUUGCCGUUCCCCAAAAUCUGACUUACUUCACUUGGUAUCAAACGAGGCCCAAAUGGGUCUUUCUUCGUUGUUUGGUCUCCGACUUUGAAAAUCUCCCCGGAUUUUCUUACUCUUUCUCGCUCUCCAAUCACUCUUUCUCUCUCUUGCUUCUUGGUUCUCUGCAUGUAGUCCUAUUCUUCGUUCUUUGCAUUGCUAAUCCUUCUAUGGCUUAGCUCUGCAAAUUUUGACUGUACAUACCGAACCAGGUUUUUUUUACUCUACCCAGUAUCAAAAAGAUUGUUUCAAAGACUAGAAACGUUUAUUUUUGGACAUAGCGGUGGUGAAGUUUUCUCUGACCAGCGUAUUGUCUCUCGGCUGGGCCAGCCAUAACUUCGGACGAAAUGGUUGGGAAUACUUCUGAUGUAGAUGGUGACAACUUUGAUUGGGAUACUGAAGAUGAACUGGAAAUUGGUAAUAUCCCUUUAUCUUGUUCAAGUUUGACACUUCCUGGUGGAGUAGGUACAAUUGGCUCUGGGGAGGCGGGUCCUUCAUGCUCCAAGACAAUUGAUCGUUUUGUAGGGAUGGGAUUCUCUGAAAAGAUGGUGACUAAAGUAAUUCAAGAGCAUGGAGAGGAAAAUACAGAAACUAUUUUGGAGACUCUCCUCACAUAUUCGACUCUGGAAGAAUCUCCUGAAGGACAAGUACAACAUAAUGAGCCUGAUAACUUUUCUUCAGAUUGUGAUUAUGAGGGGAACCUUUUGAAUGAUUUCUCAGAUAUUGAUAGUUCUGAUAAUGAGGAUCUUACAAAUCUUAGUUCUGACGAGGAGAAUAAAAUUAGGCCCCUGGUGGCUAUGGGAUAUUCAAAAGAAGAGGCUUCAAUUGCAAUAGAAAGAUGUGGCCGUGACUGUUCACUUGCAGAAUUGACUGAUUUUAUAUGUGCUGCUCAGAUGGCAAGGGCAACAGAUGGAGAUUAUCCCCUUGAAGUGAAGCCAAGGCUGAAUGGUGACUAUUCUAAGCAGAAGAAAAGGAAACUUCUUGAAUGUUCUAAGCAAAGGAGGUUGGAGAAGAGGAUAAUGACUGAAGAUGAUGAGACAAUUCGUCUUCCAAAUCCAAUGACUGGAUUUGGGGUUCCAACUGAACCAUUCCAGCGGGUUCGGAGAGAUCUACCUGAAGCUGCUAUAGGGCCUCCGUACUUCUAUUACGAGAAUGUGGCACUUGCCCCAAAAGGGGUUUGGACCACCAUCUCUCGGUUCCUAUAUGAUGUAGAACCAGAAUUUGUUGAUUCAAAGUAUUUUUGUGCAGCCGCAAGGAAAAGAGGCUAUGUUCACAAUCUUCCUAUUGAAAACAGGUUUCCUCUUCUUCCCCUUCCUGCACGCACGAUACAUGAAGCAAUACCAUUAACUAAGAAAUGGUGGCCAUCAUGGGAUUCUAGAACAAAACUAAACUGUUUGCAGACUUGCAUUGGAAGUGCAAAGCUAACGGAGAGGAUUCGAAAAGCUCUUGAAGAGUAUCCCGAUAGUGAACCACCUAUGAGAAUCCAAAAGUAUGUUAUGGAUGAAUGCCGGAAGUGGAAUCUGGUCUGGGUUGGAAGGAAUAAGGUUGCACCUCUUGAGCCUGAUGAAAUAGAAAUGCUUUUGGGGUUCCCAAGGAACCACACAAGGGGAGGUGGAAUCAGCAGGACUGAUAGAUAUAAAUCUCUUGGUAAUUCUUUCCAGGUUGACACCGUGGCAUACCAUUUAUCUACCUUGAAAGAUUUGUACCCCAAUGGCAUCAAUAUGCUUUCUCUCUUCUCUGGAAUAGGUGGUGCGGAAGUAGCCCUCCACCGGCUUGGUAUCCCUCUGAAGAAUGUUGUCUCUGUUGAGAUCUCAGAAGUGAACAGGAAUAUAGUGAGAAGUUGGUGGGAGCAAACAAAUCAGAGAGGGACUUUGAUCGACCUUGCCGAUGUGCAACAAUUGAACAGUGAUCGUUUGGAAUAUUAUAUGAGCAAAUUUGGUGGCUUUGAUCUUGUAGUUGGUGGAAGCCCAUGCAAUAAUUUAGCAGGCAGUAACAGACAUCACAGGGAUGGACUCGAGGGUAAAGAGUCUUCACUUUUCUAUGACUACUUUCGAAUUCUAGACUUGGUCAAGUGUAUUAUGACAAGAAAUUAAUAGUUCUAUCUAUGUAAAGAGGCGUAAAGAGGCCAAUGUUUCUGCUAGGUGUAGCUAAUUUACAGACCACAGUCCAUGGACUGUUCUCUUUAGGUCUCUAUUUCAUUUUCUUGUUUUUCAACCCACCACCACUCGCAACUGAAACAUUCAAAGAAAACAACUUUCAAUUCUUUGCGAGUUUCUCAUAAAGGAAAAAAGGAAGUUUUGGAGGA